AGAGACGAGGGCUUCCUGCUCGGGUGAACACGUGGUUCCGUGUCUGCGUCCCCGCUUGUCUGUCAGUGUGUGAAGGUUUCCAGCUCUUCUCUCACUCCUCUCCCCAUCUAUCCUCCCGUGCAACACAGCAGACCUCCUCCUGCCUUUACUCCGUCCCACCCACCCGCCCGCACCUCCUCCUCCUCCUCCUCGCUUCUUCUCCUUGCGACGGCUACCGGGACUGCCGACAGCCAGGCCGCCGUCACUCCAACGUGUAUCCGCUCAGACAGAGAGGGACAGAGAGGAGCAGCGUAUUUGAAAGUGUGUGUGUGACGAGAGUGUGAGUGAGAGAGUGCGUGUGCGCGCGCCCGCCCGCAACCAGUCCCCCUGUGUGUUAUUUCUCCCACCAUCGCGCCUCGUUUUUCGGUCAUGACGCUGGAAGCGAUCCGCUACCGGUCCGGGUCUCUGCAGAUCCUCAACCAGCUGCUGCUGCCACACCAGACCGUGUACGAUGAGAUCCGCUCGGUGCAGGACGCCUACGAGGCCAUCAAGUCCAUGAAGGUGCGGGGCGCCCCGGCAAUCGCCAUCGUCGGCUGUCUGAGCCUGGCUGUGGAGUUGCGGGCAGGCGCCGGGGGGGAUGACCCUGUGACCUUCAUCAGGGAGUCUCUGUGUCACCUGACUUCAGCUCGGCCCACCGCCGUUAACAUGGGCCGCGCCGCCCGCGAGCUGAUGGAGUUUGCUGAGAACGAGAGCAUGGAGAAGAACUCGGAGCAGCUCAGAGAAAGUGUAAUUGCCUGGAUCGAAGACAUGCUGGAGCGUGACGUCAAUGACAACAAGAAGAUCGGUAACUAUGGCGCCCAGCACAUCCUGUCUGGCGUUCCGAGGGCCUCCGUGACCAUCCUCACACACUGCAACACCGGCUCGCUGGCCACGGCUGGAUACGGGACCGCACUCGGUGUGGUGCGAAGCCUCCACGCACUGACUAGGCUGAAGCGCGUGUAUUGCACAGAGACGAGGCCGUACAACCAGGGAUCCAGACUGACGGCUUAUGAGGCGGUAGCAGAGGGAAUCCCCGCUACACUCAUCACAGACAGCAUGGCAGCCCUCACCAUGAGAGAAAUGGACAUCACAGCUGUGGUGGUGGGUGCAGACAGGGUGGUUGCUAACGGCGACACGGCCAACAAGGUGGGCACAUACCAGCUGGCCAUUGCCGCAAAGCACCAUGGGAUUCCCUUCUAUGUGGCCGCACCCAGCACGUCAUGCGACCUGAGCCUGGAGAGUGGCAGGGACAUCAUCAUCGAAGUGCGUCCCCCUGAGGAGCUCACCAGUAUAAACGGAGUCCCCAUUGCUGCCCCAGGUAUCGAGGUGUGGAACCCGGCCUUCGACGUGACUCCUCACCAGCUCAUCACAGGAGGCAUCAUCACAGAGCUGGGAGUCUUCCUCCCCUCUGAGCUCCAGGCAGCGCUCACCGGCCGCCUCACUGCCCUCUAGAUCCACUCAGCCCCACUUGCUGGUCCGUGUGCACCACUGCACCUUAACGUCACACACUCAGACACUCAUUUCAUCACAGAACACACACACACUGUCAUUGUUGUGCUUUAGUUUUUGGUCGAUGCACAGUCACUGCUACAUGUCAGUGGUGCACACAGAAGAAGAAACGUUCUUCAGUCUCUCUCACACACACACACACACGCAUUCACUGCAGGGAGUCAAGCAGACACACAUGUGCAGUCUCCCCUUUCUUUUAUGUCCCGUUUGUUUUCUGUGGUGUGAUCAUUUCACCUUUUCCUUUCCAUCUUUCCUUCUCUCUUGCUGCCUAUUUCUUUUUCUAAGUAGCUUCUGCAACAACAGAUAACUCUCAGCUGGACUCGAUCCCAUCAAUUCUAUUUGGCAAAAAACAUAUGAAGUAAUUCUACAAAGGAAUAAACUUCCAAAAAGUCUGUUUCUUUAAGAGAAGUAGUGUUUUUUUAUCAGCCAUGGUUUCUAAAAUGCUGCUACCCACUUGUAAAUAUACAUAUUCUUGCUGGUAGUGUGUACAUAUGUAGAAAACUAACCCCUGCUAGUGAAAUGUACUGCUAUUUUAACCAAAAAUGUGGUUGUUUGAAAUCAAAUUUGACAUUUAAAAAAAUGUUAUAUUAACAUUUAAUUAAUUUUGUUCUGCAUAGAAACCUUUUGUAGAGGAAUAAUCCAAAUUAAUAAUUCAAAUACAUUUUACAAGCAGAUUUUAGGGACAUGAACAGUUAAGCAAAAGUUAAAGCGAAAUACUUUUGUAUUUCGCUUUAACUUUUCACCCUGUGCGGCAACAUUUUGAAUUGACCUUUUUAAGUCAGCUGAAGCCUAUGAAAAAUACAUGGCUGUAUUUUAACCUUACUCCUUGUUUGUAUCCUGCUAUUCCCAGUUGUACUGUAUCAUACCACACCUGUUCUCUCAUAAUGUACUUAUAUAUAUGUAACCAUAAUUAUUUCAGCACCAUACAGAUAUUCACCAUACUGCACAGGAUGCUCUGUAAGAAUGAGGAGGGGGAGGGGAGUGUGUCUUUUUUUUUUGCCAUAACAGCUUUAGCUGUGAUCUCAGAGGUCUGUUAUGCUGUUGUGUUUGUGUAAUACAGGCAUCACCAUUAAAGGAAGAGUUCACCCCAAAAUGAAAGUUUGGUCAUCUGCUCACUUGCAUGUCAGUCAAGACUUAACUAAUGUUUGUGCACAACAAAAUACCAGCUUCAGGCUUAUCUCAAGUUACUUAAAAAAAAAACAUUGUUUUACAUCCAGGAAAAAUUUAAAAUAAUAAUAUUCAAACGAUAACUUAAUAUCUUGAUAUUUUUAGAAGCACUCUGCUUGCCACUGAAGGUGUGUUUAACUAGAUUUUAAUCAGAACAAUAGAGUGUCGUUCAACUCUGAUGGUUCACGCUUUUGCUUCUUUCAGUUAAUUUGUGGUUUAGUUAUACAGACUUUUAACUUUACUGUUUAAUUUCACUCGUGGCACUCCUUACCCUCUUAAGAAGCUGUGGUAAACCCACUUUACACUCCCCGUUUAGCACCAAACAACUGACGGACACAGUAAGUGACUUACUAGUUUAUAUUCUCCUCAGGAGUUGGUGGAGACCAAAUGAGAGCAAAUAUUGCACAUGCCUGAACGAUUAUGUUGCUCUGUCCACAGGAUGUGUGAAUAAGCAACUGUUUGCUCACAUGCCUUAACUGUAUAUGUGGUAAUAUGUCAAUGUUGUCUUUACACCUUGUUGUGUUGCCCCCAGGUGGCCAAAAAAGCAAAUAAUACAGACUUAAAGUUCCAUAGUCUUGACAUUAUGCAGGUAUUUGAAAGUGUUUAAAGAAACAUGCAUCUAUUUAAUUUGACUUUUUUUAUAUUUGUAAUGGGUUUGACUUCAGUUCCUCAGAAGUCUAUGACGGGAAAUAUGAGGCCAACGAGUGAGGCCAUACACACUUUGGCAAUAGUCAAAAGGUUGAGAUGAGCAGAAGAUGACUAUCUUUAUUUUGAGGUGAACUAUUCCUUUAUGAUUAUGGGGUCUUAUCCACACUGCCGAGAGCUCUGCAACACCAACAAUCAGAAUGUAAUAUUUAUUUUGUGAGGACAUAUUUUAUGUUUUGACUGAUUAAUCCCUCGUAACUUCAUGAGAGGACACGAAGACUUGUAGGUCUACACAAACGGCUUUUCUCCUUAAUAUCCAUUUCGAUCCCUCUUAGCUACGAGUUUAACUCUUUGAGGUCCUGAAGAUGGCAGAAAAAAUCUUCUGAAUUAUCUGAUUUGUGUAGUGCUGAAAUGAUAAGUUGUGUAUAUCGAUCAUCAAUUGUAGUGCUACAUUUGCACACUUUUCGACUUCCUAGUUUAAAAUAGCAUUGCAGCAACCUGUUUUAAUACCUGACAUUGACCUCAUAUUUACCCAUAACCAGUAGACUGUUAUUGUAGAAGGUGUGUGACUGAGUUCCUGCACUUCUGUCACCUGGCCAGUGAUCAUGUAAUGCCACUGUUGUUCUUAGAGGCUUCUUAGAAAAGUCGUAAAUAUGUCGAUCUGAGUGGGACACAUCUACUCACUGCACUGAAUGUCACUGGGCCAGACUCGCCCACACUGCUCACUGCCUUACAGGUGCAGCACCGAUAUAACUCCCUGAUGUGUCAUGACCGAAGAGACAGCCGCCCCCCCUGCCCUUUCUUCACCCUGGUUUAUGUCAUGUAGCCAGACCGCCAUCUCGCCAAUCCCACAGAUAUCUGGAGAAGAGCUUGGUCAGAGAUUUGGGAACAUAAUCGGCCUUCUUGACACCCAUUCUGACCUCAAACACCGCCCUUGUGGACUUGUCAUUUACUUAAUUCAUUUAAACAGGUGACCAAUACACAACUUUACCCACUAUAUAGGACCACUGAGAGUUCAAGAGCAAAGACCCUAAAAUAGAAAAGCUUAAUGUCAAUACUAAUUGCAGUAUCCAUAGUAUCAUUGUCCAAAUAUUGCUGUAAUAUAAGCUAUUUUUUUCCUUCACUCUCCAUCUUCCCCCUCCUUCCACUCAUCAAACCCCAACUCACAAAGAUGCUGUUGGGUCACACACAAGCAUGAAAGACACUUGUGCAUUUGAAUAUUAUUUAUUUUGUACAGUUUAAGACAUCACCUAAUUGGGGGGCAAAUUUAGACAAUGUUUCAGACGUAUGUAGCAACUUUUGUGGCCGUCAGAUCCGCCAGGUAUUUUUCGCUCUAAAUCUUUAAGAGGUAUGAGAUUUUGGUUUGUCUAUACAUCAUGAUUCUAACUGUUUGGCUGUGUUUUUUUAAUAUUAUUUCAUGACGUUGUGAUUCCUAGUAACUAGGCCAUUAGUACACCACACUGGGGAGGCCUCCUCAACCAUACACACUACCUCUCCGUCUUUCUACACGGACUCAAACACGGAAAUGCAUGAACACAUGCACUUAACGUGCCAGGCUGCAGCAAAGCAGAUUGACAGAUUGUAGAAGAAAAAAAUCACAUCUCACUAAUGUUUGUAUCUUGAACCUAAAGUGACAUCAUUUUUGGCAAGGCUUUUAGUCUACCAAAGUAGCCUAGAUUUAGACCAAUGUGUAGUGUUGUGUUGCAGCUGAAUACACUAUGUUUUUACACCAUGCUUUUGAAGCACAGCAAUAUAGUACUCCUUUUAAAAAGAUGUUCCACCAACCUCAAGACACCCAACACACCUGACAAAGGUGCCAAAAUUCAGCGCCGCUUGCCACGUAUUUUCCACUUUGAUUUAAUUCAUCAAAGCAGGUGUAUCUGUAUUAAUUCUCAAUGAUUAGUAUGGCCUGCAAUUAGGAUGGAAGGAGUGUUGUUCAGAUGGCCUCUUUAAGUGCAAGUAUGUCAUUGUUGUUAUUUAUCACUUUAUUUGGGUUCAUUUUGUAAUGUGGAAAUGGUUCAAAACUGGAUUUUUUAAAUAUAUAUGUACAUGAAUAUAAUGCUGUAAAGUGCAGUCAUGAAUUACGAGAUUUCUCUUUCACAUCAAUAAAGUAAAAAGAAUAAAACCCCACAGUG